UUCCGCUGAGGGGAGGAUAAUCCGGAAGCUGCUCGCGGAUCUGCCACUUGGCCUCUAUGGCAGCCGCGGGGGACGUCGGGCGCAUGGGGGAGCCUGGAGCCUGAGCUCCUCGCUGAGCCGCUCCCCGCCUAGUCCCAGCAGCGGCAAGGCGAACGCGCUGCCCGCGUCUCCGGGUUAGGAAGGGGCAGGCUCCCGCUACGGAGCUGCGCUCGGGGGCGAGCGGCCUUUCUGUGGCACCCGGGGCUGGUCCCGUCGGUGAGCGGGGUGGGUCCUGCUCUCACCCCGGCGAUCAGGUGCCCUCUGGCCCCAGGCUGUGGGAGAGGAAGGGCCUUUCCGCUGCGCCGCGGGUGGCCGAAUCCGCUGUGACCCUCGGCAAGGGAGGCGGGUGAGGGAGAGGAUCUUGGGGUCCCUGCUGCCGUUGUCAGAUCCAGGGAUCAGGGCCAGGCUCGCGGGGUUUCUCUCUCACACGCUGAGCUCUUGGGAGAGGGUGGGAGCUUUUGGCACCAUCUGGGAAGAGGCGUCUCUGACCUUCAUGACUCGGUUGGAGCCGCAACACCUGCACAAGUUGAAAAACUACAUGCAGUAAAAGCUGGAAAAGUUGAAUUUCACUUUAAGCGAGUGGACAAAAAGCAACAACAUGGAUGAUUUCAUCUCCAUCAGUCUUCUGUCUCUGGCAAUGCUGGUUGGCUGUUAUGUGGCAGGGAUUAUCCCUUUGGCAGUUAAUUUUUCAGAGGAAAGGUUAAAGCUGGUGACAGUUUUGGGUGCUGGGCUUCUCUGUGGAACUGCCUUGGCGGUAAUUGUGCCUGAAGGAGUACAUGCACUUUAUGAAGACAUUUUGGAGGGAAAACACCAUCAUGCCAGUGAAACUCAAAAUGUGAUUGAAUCUGAAAAAGCAGCAGAAAUAACAGCUGAGCAUGAUCAUGGCCACGACCAUUCAAAAUUACACGCGUACAUUGGUGUUUCCCUUGUCCUUGGUUUUGUCUUCAUGCUAUUGGUGGACCAGAUAGGCAGCUCCCAUGUGCACUCUACAGAUGACCCAGAAGCAGCAAGGUCAGGCAAUUCCAAAAUCACUACUACCCUGGGACUAGUGGUCCAUGCUGCAGCUGAUGGCGUUGCUUUGGGUGCAGCAGCUUCUACUUCCCAGACCAGUGUACAGUUAAUAGUGUUUGUUGCAAUUAUGUUACACAAGGCACCAGCUGCCUUUGGCCUGGUUUCCUUCCUAAUGCAUGCUGGGCUGGAACGGAAUCGAAUCAGAAAACACUUGCUGGUCUUUGCAUUGGCAGCACCUGUUUUGUCAAUGGUGACAUACUUAGGGCUAAGCAAGAGCAGCAAAGAAGCCCUUUCAGAAGUUAAUGCCACUGGAGUUGCCAUGCUUUUCUCUGCUGGGACUUUUCUUUAUGUUGCCACAGUGCAUGUCCUUCCAGAGGUGGGAGGAAUGGGGCAUAGCCACAAACCUGAAUCAACAGGUGGAAAAGGACUCAGCCGCUUGGAGGUGGCAGCCCUGGUUCUGGGCUGCCUUAUUCCUCUAGUUUUGUCCAUUGGGCACCAGCACUAAAGGUAUAGAGUCACUGUUCUUCUUGAUCUGGUGUGAGCAGUAAACGUCAUCUGCUCUUUUCAUCGUUGUCUCUCUUUUCCCAUCAUCCACCCCAUUUGCGUUAUGGAGUUCAGAGAGAAGCUUGAUUCCCACAUAAGGAAUUCUGGAAAAGCUUUUAGUGUAGCAAAAUGUACUUUGGCAGCCGGACAUAAAUUUUAUGUAAUUCUUUUCUGAAGACAUUUGAUAUUUUCAUUUUGAUUUCUGGCCCUAUUCUCAGGGAAGAUGGACUUUGACUUUUAAAAAAGGUGCGUGGGAAAAAAUUUAAUGGCACAUCAUGAAAUUGUAAUCACCAAAUAUUCUGUAACUCAGCAUUCACAGCUGAGAAUAAAACGACGGAUGGAUGCCUUUUAAUUUAUAGAAAUCUUCUUACCCAUAGAAUAGGAGAGCCUGCCCUACAAUUUUUUAUGUUGUAUUGACAUAUGUGACUGGUCCUUGUAACAUCAGUGCCACAAGCCAUGCUGUAAAGAUGCAGUACUCAGAAUUCUGGGUAAUGCACUUAUUGCAAAAGACAAGAACUGCGGAUUCAAAGAAACAUUAUUGGACAAAGAUGAGAGGAAGUCUAAAAUGUGAAAAUUCAAAUAGUUGAGAAAAUGGAGAUGACUUUUGCGUUGCAUUCCCUGGAUUAACACAAAGGAAAGAAACAAAGAAGUAUUCUUUUUUUACUCGGUUUAUGCAAUAGCUUGUUAUAUUAUUUUUAAAGAGACAACGUACUUUGGAAGAAGAUCUCCCAUCAUGUCCAUAAAGAGCAGCAAGCAAAAUUGUAGAGAGGGUUAAGAAUCUGGCAUUAGGGCUGCCCUGCUACUGUCCUGGAGACACAAAUACAUGGUGGCUUGUUAAAUCAGUGUGUUUUAGGCUUGGAGUAGAGGCCUGAUGGAAAUGGGGUUUGAGGGAUUAGAGAACUAUAUUAGCUUAUGUACAAAGGGCUGAAACCAGUGGUCUGUUUUAUUUUUGUAUUAAAUAAAAAAUAAUAAGGUUAACAAAAUAAGAUCUCUGGUUAAAUACUCAGACUGUGUGCAUAUUGGCAUGUGCGCAGUGUAUGUAAACUAAUUAACUGCUUUGCUAAAUCUUCAUACCACCAAGUAAAAAUAACUUUGUUUUUUGUUGAGAACCUAUUUAAAUUAUACCCUUCUCUUUUGGGAGUGUUUUAAUCCACCACCUCUUGAUUAUGGUUAGUUAUAGUGAUGCUUCUCUGGGACUCAGUGCCAACUGCUGAUGUGACUAGCCCAUUGCAACUGGCUGAUAAGACAUGCCUUCUCUCAUUAGGCAACUUUUUAAAUUAUGCAAGAAAUCAUACAUUUUAAUAACUGUAAUGCUUAUACAUUCAGAACAGUUGGCAUGCACAGAUUUAAAGAACAACUCUUGUUUUACAAAAAUUGCUUUUAUCCUGCAUCCAUUUUAAGCCCUAGUCCAAAUCUGUCUGUACUUCUUAAAUGUAAUAUUGCCAAAAUGGUUUUGUGUUUAAUCAUUUUCUUUAUUUGAAACACAUCUUCAGAGCUUGAAAUCACAGCUUUCUGGAGGAACUUAUAGACUCCUUGUGAAAGAGAGAGCUUCUUUCUUCACUCUCCAUCUGUUUCUUGUAGUACAUGAGCCAUCAUAGCUCUUGACAUCUUUACUUUAUUACAUCCUCAUUAUCUUCUAGCUCAGCAGUGGGUAUCAGCAUGGCUCUUGGAACAGGAUUUGUUAGUUUAAUUAGUAAUCAUUCUGUUCAGUGGCUUAGAAGCACAAAAA